UGUACCCCGUAAGCCAACGAGGGCCGCCAUAUACAUCGCCUGCCACAGCCACAGGCCUUCUGACCAAAGCUUGAAAGUGCGAGUUCAGGUGGCCCAGCGCCGCUCCCAGCAAGGCGUCCAAUUGCGGCUCGCAAGCACCGCCUCCAGCCCGUUUUCGAGCAGCCCCCCCUGCGACCACCCAAGCCCGCCAUCCUUCAGCGCCAAGGGGCCACAUUGCCCCGAACAAGCUCUGCGGGACUCGGGAGCCCGUCUGCUCCCGUCGCGCCUCGUCAGCUGCAGCCAAAACUUCCCAUCUGCCCUGGCCACCACCUCUCGACACCUCCAAGACACCGCCAACACUGCCCCGGGCUGUCGUGGCCUCUACUCCUUGGUCUCCUUCCCCUCUUGCCGCGUACAUCGCCCCAUUGCCGCCACCCUCAUCCUACUUGCGACGAUGCUGCGUAAAAGCGACGCUUCCCUCACCCGCUAACCUCAAGACCCCGUCGCGUUCCUCCCCUAUUCCGAACGCAGCCUCGGCCCUCGUUUCCUCCAAUCGACGCCCCAGCCUGCUCGCCCAUCAUGCCCAGCUCCGUAUCUUUACUGCGCCGUCUGAUCCUCGAGUCGCCGCCAGGAGAAUGGGCUCUGAACCAGCUUCGCAGCCUGCUUAUUGGUGCUCUGCGGCAGGGGCCUAUUCCUCAACAUGUCGCAUUCGAGAUGGACGGCAACCGGCGUUACGCCCGAUCGCAUCGAAUGGAAACCGUUGAGGGCCAUCACCGUGGCUUUGAGGCGCUCGCCCGGAUCAUGGAAAUCUGCUACAGGUGCGGUGUCAAGGUCGUCACCGUCUACGCAUUCAGUGUCGAGAACUACAAUCGCCCCAAGCACGAAGUCGAGGGGCUUAUGCAGCUGGCCAAGGUCAAGCUAGAACAGCUGACCACGUACGGAGACAUCCUCGACCGCUACGGCGCGUGCGUCCGAGUUCUCGGCCAGCGAGAGAUGAUACGGGAAGAUGUCCUGCAGGUUGUGGAUAAGGCCGUGGCAAGGACGAAGCACAAUAACAAGGCCGUCCUCAAUAUCUGCUUUCCGUACACAUCAAGAGCCGAAAUCACGACCGCGAUCAAGUCGACGGUCCAAGAAUUCCUGGCUCCCCCGCCCCCUAAGAACACGCCAUUCUCACCGUCGCGCAUAAGGCAAAAGAUCUUGUCCUCGCAGCUUGAUGGACGCGACCCGUUACCUACAAUCCGGGAUGAUUCGCCGGAUGAUUCAACCGCGCGGGACGGCGACGAGGCAGAAAAGGAGGCCGAGGUCGAUAUGGAUGGUGGGGACUCGUCCUCGGCAACACUACCACCGGACUCGCCCAAGUCACGCCUGUGGUCAGGAGAGGGCUCAUACAGUGCGACCAACCUGCCCAAUCCCGAGAGCAUCACGGUGGAAACUCUCGAGAAGCACAUGUACACCUCCCAGGACCCGCCUCUGGAGCUGUUCGUCAGGACUAGCGGCGUUGAGCGGCUCAGCGAUUUUAUGCUGUGGCAAUGCCACCAGGACACGCAUCUCUUUUUCUUGGAGUGCUACUGGCCCGAUUUCGACCUGCAACAUUUCAUCUGGGUCAUGCUGGAGUGGCAGUGGAGGCAGAAGCAAAAGGAGCGAGACGAUAAUGCAGAGCGGGCGAGAAACGGCAAGGGACGGCGGCUGGUGGAAUAGACGUCGCAUCGAUACCCCAACGGUUCUUUUUAGCGGCUGUGCAUGUCCUAGGAAGGAGCAUGGGUGCUGGCAACACCCUUGGUGCUGUGCAGGGGAGGGGUUCGCGAGUGAGGUUUCAUAGCGUCGUUUCGUCUUGUCUCUGCGCGUCCGGUUUGGCGGCGCCAGGUGUUCAAUUACAUGAAGUCACACUUCCAUGCAUCACACGAAGUCA